CAUGCACAACGUGCAAGGCGUGAAACUCUGCCCCCACGUCCGUCAAUCUACCUGCAUGCUCCUCAUGCAAGACGGGCCUGAAGAGUCUCUAGCCCCAUGCACCCGCCUAGGCCUGCCUCGUUGCGCACCUGCACCUGCACCUGCACCUGCACAUCCAGCACUUGAGGGACAGGCAGAGCACCGCAGCGCCCAGCGUCACAGCAGCCCACAGCUGGCACCACUCGUAGGGCCCCAGAUAAAUUGCACAUGCCGCCCAUGCGAGAGCAUGCUGGAGUACGGUAGCUGGUCUGGUCUAGAGAAGGGUCCUGUUACCGAACCCUCCAUGCGCUACCGAGUUACAGGCUAGUUAGUGUCGGCCCUUACCUCUUAGUCUGUGUCAACCACAAAGCCCCGCCAAGCGAGCCGCCCGGCCGCCACUGAUAAUGGGAAUGACUGACUGAACUGGCCGUCUUUCUAUCUACCACAGUACCUCUCAUUCUCUGCAUUUGCCUCCAGCUCCAGCUCUUGCUCCGGCUCUGGCAUCUUGCUCCCCUCUUUUUUUUCCCUUUGUUGUGCCAUACGCACUCGACUCCUACCUCGGUUGCUUGUAUUCGAACGGCCCAAGGGAAUUUGUCCACGAUUAUCAGCUGCCAGUCGCCUCGUCAAUCGUUAUCCUCCCUGUCGCCGUGUGCGUGACUCGACCGACUUGGCUCGCAGCGGCUCUGCUCUACUGUGCGCCCUCGACUUUUUUCUCCGUGCUUGCUCCGAUCAGUCCCGGCAUUGAAACAGACCAACUCCUCUGAUAACGGGCCAAAGUCACCAUUCCUCGUCGAGAACACUCAGCCAUCACCUUUGCAAGCACAUUCGAAAAACCGACAAGACCAGCCGUCCUGUGCUCUCACAGAAAAAAAAAACUCGACAAAUUGCGUUCUUCACUGUCGAUCCCGCACCCUCGUGCAAUCCUGUGCUGGGUCCCGCCGCCGCCAGGGUCCUCUCUGCCUAUCAGUGGGGGUCCAGACAGGGGCCUUGAGUGCUUCCGCGAAGAAUGAACCAACGUCUCUCGCGCGGAAUCCCUCGUCGCCCAUCAUGAACGCUGAAAUAAAACUUCUCGACCAAACGCUCAGCCUCAUCCACAUCCCCCUAGGCCUCUAUUCACAAUUCCUUCAGCCCAUCCUCCGCCUGCUUCUGCCCUCGCCGUGCGCCAAGCUCGAGGACGAGUUCGGGGACCUGACCCUGGCCCAGGAGCACGGCUUUCUUAAUAUCAGCGUAACGCCUAUCGAAUGCUCGAUAGUCUGCAACGAGACGUGGUCCAGGACGGUCUUCGAGCCCAUAAUCAAGCAAUUGCCCAAAACCUCGGCCAAGACCGUGUCGAUAUCUGCCGAGUCCUACUGCGUGUUUCGCGUGUCCUCUCCGGGGGCGGACGCUGGCAGCCGUGUCGUCGAUCUGACUUCUCCCCUUGCGCUCGCCGGCAUAUCCAUCUUCUUCAUCACAACCUACUACUCGGACUUCCUGAUAGUCCCCAGCCGGUCCCGCCAGAAUGUCGUGCAGGCCUUGUUCGAGCAGGGAUUCGAGUGCUCAGAAGACAGCAGCUCGUCCUUCGUGUCCCCCGUCGCAUCCUUACAUACCCGGGGUCUAAGCCAGGACAGUGACGACCCGCCGUCCACGCCCCCGCCAUCCAACGCUGCGGAGCUGCAGAUGCGGACGUUCAAGUUGUUGAAAAAGCACAAUGUCGUCGCUCACACAGAGCCAAACCUACGUCUGAUCCACUGCUCCGGGAAGGAUGUCUCUCAGCUUGAAACCUACUCCAGGCCUUCGAGGUCGUACGCGGGGAACGGAAACCAUCGCAAGAGCUCAUGGGUGGACAAGGUUGAUACCAAGUUCUAUACGAGCCUGGUUGCGGCUUUGGUAAGCCAGCCGCGCUUCUUGUCUGUGACCCUCGCCGAGGAAGACGAGCCGUCACUCCUGAUCGAUCGCUGCUUGCUGGACACCUUUGGCGAUUCCCUCAUAGGACCAACCGACGCGGACCUGACACCGAUCCUGCUUGACCUGGUCGACCUGCCCUUCGAGGCGACCGGAAUCGUCGCCGGCGUGGCAGGUAAGCUCGCCGAAGGCAUGCGCAUGGAAAAUGCCGAGCUAUCGUAUCUCUCCACAGCCAAGACCGGCGCUGUCAUGCUAUCCAGUGAGUAUGCAGACCGUGCUUUGGAGAUCCUAAGUCCCCUGCUGCCGAAGGAGGAUUAAGAAGGCCAUAAAAUUUGGGCUGGCACAAAGUGAUGGGGGUCUGUCGAAGCUCCGACAUCCGGCCUUGGAGAUAGUGUGACGGAACACUUCUGAGGAAUUCCUGUUUCCUGUUGUUCCGGCUGAUCGCAUGCAGCGGCGUUUUUGUAUGAUAAGGGAGGGAUAUUUUUGGAGGGACUCUUGUGGAUGUCUCGCCGUAAAAUUCAGCCAGAUACCGGCUGAGGGCGUUGGAAAAGGCCGGUACAUGCACGUACCGCCUAAAAAUGGGCGAGGUAAUAGAGUAGCGCUUGGUCGAGAAUAGCAUUGUGGCUCGUCUUGUGACGACAAACGUAAACCCAAUAGGCUCAUUUGCCGUGCCCCUUCUUCUUAGCAGCCGAGGGCUCGCUGACGAUGCCGGCCCUGACAAAGGCGUCCCUGGCAGCAGCGUUGAUGAGCGCGAACCUCCUGGGCCCGAGCUUCUGGCCGCCGUACCAGCGGGUCACCACGACCAUGUGGUCCCACAGGUCCAUGAGCUGCAUGAGGUGCAGCAGCCGGCCGCCGGCCGCCGUCUCGCCGUCGUCGUCGCAGUCCUGGAACGAGGUCCCGUUGGGCCCGCGGAUCCGCCACGCCGUGAUGUUGUGCGUCGCGGUGCGCACCCGCUUGUCGCUCGCCAGCAGGUGCUCGACGAACCGGGCCGCCUCGUCGGGGGAGCCGACCGCGGCGCAGCGCGCGACAAAGACGGACUUGAGCUCCACGACGGGCUCGGACACGACCCACGGCGGCUCCGGGCCCAGGUCGUCGGCCGCCGCCGCCCUGGAGGCGAAGGCGGCGGCGCGUGUGUCGCCGUCUGGCUGCCCCUCGUGGUCCGGGGCCGUGUCGUUGUCGUUGUCGUUGGCCACGCCGGCCUCCUCCUGCAGUCUCUUCAGCUCCUCGACGGCGUCGAAGAGGCAGACCUGGCCGGGCUGGAAGAUGUUCCCCAGCGCGCUGCGGAAGAGCUCGAGGUCCCGGGCCCCCACGCCGCGCUUGCCCCCGGAGCUGUUGGUGCCGAGGGGGAUGCAGGGCGCUGCGGGAUAGUCUGGUGGGAACUGCAGGCGUAGUGAGACGGCUUCGUCUGGGAGGCUCAGGAUGUAGAUGUCCGAGUCCUCCCCGGCCUGGACGAGGCUGCCAUCGCCGUAGAUUGAGUUUAUGGCCUCAAUCUCGUCAGCAAGCUCCUCAGACAUGGCUGUCUCUCGGACCAAUUGCUGAUUGUUGCACGAGGUGUAACCCGCAGCUGACGGCGGAGGUGAGGCUUAUCACUGUACUUUUUAAGUCCGGCAAGGGAAAACAAGGAAAACCGUGAGACUCCUGAGUUUGUCAUCCAAUGAGGUCCUCCCUUGCCUUUCGAGUAUGUCCUGGACACGAAGCUGUCCUGCAGGCAGUGGAC